AUGCACACCUUUGUUUGCACAUUCACGCUCCCUAAAACCUCGCCUUUUUUUCCCUCUAGGAUUCAGAAGGAGCUUGCAGACAUAACUGCAGAUCCCCCGCCCAACUGCAGUGCUUUUCCUCGCGGUGAGAACCUCUACGAAUGGGUCUCUACUAUUCUGGGUCCUCCCGGUUCUGUCUACGAGAGUGGCAUUUUCUUACUUGACAUCCACUUCCCCCUGGAUUACCCAUUCAAACCACCGAAGAACAACUGGUCACCUGCGCUGACAAUUAGCAAAGUCCUCCUGUCCAUCUGUUCUCUACUGACGGACUGUAAUCCAGCGGAUCCGUUGGUUGGCUCGAUAGCCAACCAAUACCUUCACAAC